AUGACGCGCAGUUUGUAGGAAGAACUGAUCUGCCAUUGCCUAGGCCAUUUUCAGUCAAUUACAUUACAUGUGCACGUUCUGGGUCGUGCUCUGUCUGUCUGUCUGUCUAUGUGAACGAACUGUAAGGCGAAUUCACAACGAUAAUAAGUAUAUAUUGGUUGCGUUUGUUGGAUCAAUAUCAGUAUACGCGAACGGUGGGAGAAGCGGCAGAGUAAUGGAGAAGGCAUUCAGCGAGGAAGACGUUACUACCACAGCAGCACUGGACGUGGCAGCAGAAAUUCAACUGGCUUUAACUCACUCUGCUGCUACACCAGCUGCCGACCACCUCAAAAGACUGGGCCUUGAAAGGUACGUACCACAUCAUUCAUGAAUUCACGUAUAUAUAUAACGUUCAAUCCUUUUCUCCUUUUGUUUAGUAAUUGUAUUUGUACGUGCAACACUCUGUACAAGAGUAGUUAUGGCGAAAGUGACAAUUGUGACAUGUUGGCAUUAUGGCAUGCGUACUUUGUGUUCGUGCAUGCCAUUAUAUCGUCUGCUACGUGCAUGAGAUUAUUGGGAUAACACAUAAUAACUCUUCUUGUACUUCGUUCAUCAUCAGGGCCAGAAAAUUUGGGUGGCACGAUACUUACACCUUCACAAAAGCUAUGGGAGAGAUGAUGUUGGGGGAUUACAUAAAAGACAUGUCGUCGGCGAUAUUGACAAACUCCAACAAAGUGCCCAUUGUUGUACUUCGACCGAGUAUCAUUGAAGGCAGUUAUGCGCAUCCAUUCCCCGGCUGGAUUGAAGGAAACAGGUGUCUAUCUAUCAAGACCCUUUUUAUGAUAUAGUAACUAUUUAAUUUUUUUUGGUUUGCUGGAUCAUUAUAACCUAAUUUUUAAGUGGUAAUAGCAUUUUAUAUUCUAAUGCCAUUCUUAAAGCAAACAUAUUCCACACAAACAUGUACAUAACAGAACAUACCCUUUUGUCCAAAUUUUACUUAGUUAACCGUUAAAAUGAGUAGAAAAUGACAAAUUACCUCUCACUUAUUUUCAUAUUUUUCUUAAUUUUUUAAGAAAUAAAAAACUAAAAUUAAAUUAAUUUUUAAAAUCUUAUUUUUCUACUCCUUUUAGUUAUUUGUUCACGUUUCUUUAAUUCUACUGAAAAAAUUAUAUAAUAAUUGAGGGAAAUUUAAUCAUUUCUCAUCUCCUAACAAUCAGUUAAUGGAAUUUAUAAUAGAGAUGUAUUUGUUAACUUACAAUAGUACAAAUAAGAAUGAGCAAUGGGAUAAGAAAAUAAUAAUUGCUGAAACCACUUUCUCGGAGCUAGGGUUUCUGGCUUAGCUGUGCUUGCGAAUGGCUUCUCCGUCAAUGGGGUGGCCCACCGAUGGCCGCCGGUCGCCUGACCCUACUGCAGGGACAAGGAGACCCCCCACAGCUACAUCUUCACCUAAUACCGCUGCAGAAAAAGAAACGGAACAGAUGAGGAAACGUUUGAAGCAAUCCUACGCAUGCCAACUCUUCGAGUCGGAGGCUAUGGCAGAGGAUUUCCCAAACCUGAACUCGUCACCUGGAAGCCCGCAGGUGAAGGGUACUGAACCACCGCCCUCGGCAUGGACAUGUCGGCGUUUGUUUAGCGAGUUGAUUGGUGAUGAUGCUUGGUAUGUGGCCGAAUCGGACUCAGAGGAGGUCGCUGAAACGAUGAAGGACGACGAACUGGAUGAUAUGAUCCCUGACGAUGAUGAUCCGUUGUGUCCUACAAUCCCAUUCAAAGCAAUGGAAAAGAUCCGGUACUGGAGGAAGUGGCGGUCUUCCCUGAUCGUAAAGGUCUUGGACCGUUAUUUCCCUUUCUCGGUCUUGUCAAAGAGACUGGAAACUUUGUGGGCAAAACAUGGAGGACUCCAAAUCUAUAGCCUCUCGUUUGGUUUCUACGUGGUUUGCUUUACCAGUCAGAUGGACUACGAGCAAGCUGCGGCGGGAGGUCCAUGGAUGAUUGGAGGCCAUUACCUCAACGUUCGGCCUUGGAGGAAGGGUUUUCCACCCGCAUUUUGCUGAGGUAGCCUCCACAAUGGUGUGGGGCGACUACCUAAACUUCCUCUGGAGUUUUUAUUGUGAGGAGGCCGAAUGAAUUGGCCAACGUAUC